UGAUGAGAAAACCGAGUCGAAUUGUAGAUUAUUGCUGCACAAAUUGGUUGAAUUGAGCUUAUGAUUGUGAAAUUGGUGCUCAUGAUUAUCAGUGUCAAUGCAAUUAAUCACCUGGCGAGUGCUGAACAUCUCAAGAAUUUGAAGCACUUCUUGUGGAAAUACGGUGGAGGAUUGGAUUGUGUUGAUAAAUUCAGGAUAUUGGAGGCUGAUCUUACUAAGUGGGAGAAGAAGUGCAAGUCAUUGAAGGUUGAAGCUGUACCUGGAGGAGCAAUGCUAGGACCGUCAAAUGAUAUCCAUAAUAAGCUUGAAUAUGGAAUUUUUGAUACUUUUGAAAAUAAUAUUAGUUCGAAUCUUUCGAAUGGUGUUAUGCCUUUACUAUAUCAUACAAAUGAGGAUCAGGUAUCCCAUUCAGGACUCUCCCAAGUUGCAAAUGUUGGCGGCUUUGAGAAGAUUACUGCCUCUUCGUCCUUAAAUUCCAAAGGUAUAAUAGUUAGUACCCAGGGUUCCCUUAAUACUAAUGGUAGAAAAGGCUCACCUGAUGGCAAUUUUAAUAAUGAAAGGAUGGACAAGGUGUAUCAGCACAGAAGAAUGACAUUGGGACAGAGCAGUUCUCAAGGUGUUGAUAGUCUCACUCAAAUUAUUUCAAAGGGUCCUAAAGAUGCUAGUGGAAUUGUGCAUACUGGAGCACUUCCUCCUUGGUUUGCAGCAGAAGAAGAAAGUCAGUUUAGUAUUCCACUACAACGAGUUUCUGGUACCCUUUUGCUGUCAAAUGAGGGAGGGAAGUCCAAGAAAUUGUACCCAAAACGAGUGGGAACAGCUUGGGCAGAAAGGAGAAAGAGGGAGAUGGAGAUGGAACAAAGAGGUGAGAUUGUCAAGAGCGAUUAUGAUGCUAAUUGGCUCCCCAAUUUUGGUGGAGUUUGGCAAUCUGGUACCCGGAAAGAGGCUAGAAAAGAAUUUGAGUUGGAGAAACAUAAUCUAGUUAAGGUUGAACGUCAAUAUGAGAUGCCAAUCAAGAUACAGCCUUACGUCAGUAAAAGGAUGCGUACGGGUGCAAGUGAAUAGUUUUGUGAUUGAGAGUUGAUUAUUGUUCUGAAGAUGGAUGUUUGGGAAAACCACUAUGGCACUAUACGUAUAUUCUGCCUUUUUUCUCACAACUUUGGCUAGGUGAUCCCAAGUUGAGCUGAACAUUUGAAGGAAAGACAGGAGCACUUGUGUGAUCAGAUUUUAGGCUAUUGCACGAGAUAGAGCUGUAAGUUCAAAUGCUCAUAGUACAUGAAUCAGAUGUAUAUGCAAUGUGAGGUUUUUCCUCUAGAAAUAUGUUCAACCUGGUUUUUUUUGUCCAUA